AUGCUUAGUCCUAAAAGAACAAAAUUUCGUAAACAACAUAGAGGAAGGAUGAAAGGAAUAGCUACUCGAGGUAAUUCUAUUGCUUUUGGUAAAUUUGCUCUUCAAGCACUUGAACCAUCUUGGAUUACAUCAAGACAAAUAGAAGCCGGACGACGAGCAAUUACACGUUAUGCACGUCGUGGUGGAAAAUUAUGGAUACGUAUAUUUCCAGAUAAGCCUAUUACUAUGCGACCUGCUGAAACACGUAUGGGUUCAGGAAAAGGUUCACCAGAAUAUUGGGUAUCUGUUGUUAAGCCAGGUAGAAUAUUAUAUGAAAUAAGCGGAGUACCUGAAAGUGUUGCUAGAGCAGCUAUGAGAAUUGCAGCUUAUAAAAUGCCUAUUCGUACUCAAUUUAUUACUGCUAUUACAUCUGUAUAA